CUCUACCACCCGCCACCACGCCUCCCCCACCUCACCAUCCCUCCUCCUAUCUAUGUAAACAGCAUGCCUCAAUCGAAGAAAGAUGGCCAUGGUGUUUACCAUGGAGGAGGUCGCCCAGCACCACUCCAGCAACGAUUGCUGGCUCCUCAUCGCCGGCAAGGUGUAUGAUGUGACCAAAUUUCUUGAGGAACACCCCGGAGGUGAAGAAAUCUUGCUGUCUUUAGCUGGCAUGGAUGCAACAACGAACUUCGAAGAUGUGGGACAUAGCAGCGACGCUCGGGAAAUGAUGGAUAUGUACUACAUCGGCGUCAUCGACACAACCACGGGGUGACGGUUCGGCUCUACGUGUGCGAUAAGGUUUUCUAACCAUGUGCGAGGGACGUAUCUACACUAGUGUUGCAACCGGCCACAUGCUUGAAUCUGAAUCAACAUUUUAAUUUA